AUGUCUCCGAAAGUCUACCUGAUGUUAUCAAUGUCCAAAAUAUAUCAGCAACAAGAAUAUUCGUUGCUAUCGAUGAUUCGAACAAAUAGCUUCAAUAGUUUUGCAUUCGUGGGAAGCGGCGGCCAGGAACCUCUUCAAGCAACUGAUCCGCGAGACAAAGUAUUUGCUCUCCUAGGUCUUGUAAACGACAAGGAUAGUUUAGAGGCCUUAGGCGUCUUCCCAGAUUACACUAAAUCAAAAGAGGAGGUAUACACAACUACAAUGGCUGCUAUGCUACGACAAGGUCAUAUCUCACUUCUAUCAAUCUGUUGUGGUAUUGAGAGACCAAAUGGUUUGCCUUCCUGGGUACCAGAUUGGUCUAAACCAGACCCGCCAAUGCUGCAGGUAGUCGGUGAUGACGAUCACAACCUGUAUCCCACAUUUAACGCCUGUGGUUCGAAGAACGAACAUCAUUUCGUUUCGCCUAGCAGAGACCACGAGCGUGAGAGAUUAAUGAUAUACGUCAAACAGGUUGACGAGGUCUUCCAACUGGGUCACGUCGACAGGUUGCCCUCAAUGCCCAGAGCCGUAUCUCCAGUUGAGUGGCUUGAUGUGAUGUUGCAACUCACGUACUCUGUUGAGAAGCCAUACUUGGACGUUAAGGAGCGCAUGCAAACCGCAGCCAGAGCCUCGCAUGCAGGUAUGAGAUUUGGAGAAAACAAUAUGCUAAAAAGAGCAAGCGAGUUCCCUGAAGCUAUGCGCAUACUAGAAGAAGUGUAUCAAAGCGACGCAGAGAAAGGCGGUUUCCUCGAAUCCCAAAGUGCUCUGAGAAGGACCCUUUUGAGAUACCGCAUGAUGGAAUUUCCUUCGGAUAUGCAUCAGAUGCUGGGUGAGAUCCUGAGAAUAAAUGAUUGCAAAGUGCCUCUCAUCACAAAAAAAGGUCGCUUAGGAAUUAGUGCCAUGACCGUCGAGGAGGGUGACAUUGUAGUAUUGGUCAGUGGAGUGCAGAUGCCCUUCAUUCUUAGGCCUACAGGUACAAGAUACCUGGUCGUUGGCGAGGCAUACAUUGACGGAAUCAUGGAUGGAGAGGCAGCAGAGGACGGUGAAUGGGUUCACAUGGAACUUGAAUAG